AUGGAUAUUUGCCAUAAAGAUUGGACUCUGGAGCAAUUGAAGAAGGUCAUGUGGUCUGAUGAGUCCAGAUUUACCCUGUUCCAGAGUGAUGGGCGCAUCAGGAGUCCAGACCUUAACCCCAUUGAGAAUCUUUGGGAUGUGCUGGAGAAGGCUUUGCGCAGUGGUCCGACUCUCCCAUCAUCAAUACAAGAUCUUGCCUUCAGGUCUACACCUCCCACAGUCUUCAACAAUGAUGAGGUGAUCAGGAUUGUGAUGGUGGGGAAGACUGGAGUUGGAAAGAGCGCCACAGGAAACACCAUUCUGGGACAAAAGUGCUUUAAAUCUGGGUUCUCCCCUAAAUCUUUGACACAACACUGUGAAAAGGCUGUUGGUGAGGUGGAUGGACAAAGCAUUGCAGUUGUUGACACUCCGGGCUGGUUUUACACCAGGAACACUAAAAAGGAAACAGUUAAAGAUAUUGCCCAGUGCAUUUCUUAUGCUUCACCUGGACCUCAUAUCUUCCUGGUCGUCAUCAAACUGGGCAGAUUCACAGAGGAAGAAAGGCAAACAGUGCAGAAAAUUCAGAAAAUCUUUGGUGAGAAAGCCAACAAAUACAGCAUGGUUCUCUUUACCCAUGGUGACCAGCUCAGAGGGAAAUCUAUUGAGGAGUUCUUGAAGGAAAGUGAAGAUCUGCAGGAACUUGUGGCCAAAUAUAACAACCAGUACCACGUGUUCAAUAAUGACGUAAAAUAUCCAUUACAGGUCAGCGAGCUGCUCAAGAAAAUCGGAAAUAUAAAUGUGCAGAACGGAGGAAGCUACUACACCACUGAAAUGUUCCAAAAUGCAGAGAGAGCGAUUGAAGAGGAAAAACAACAAAUCUUGAAAGAGAAAGAAGAGGAACACCGCAAUGAGCAGGAGGAACUGAGGAAGGAAAUAGAGGAAAAGUAUCAGCAACAGCUGAGUGAAGUUUGUCCUUCUUUUUUGGCCCUCAGGUGUACCCGUCCCACAAUCUACAACAAUGAUGAGCUGAUCAGGAUUGUGAUGGUGGGGAAAACUGGAGUUGGGAAGAGCGCCUCAGGAAACACCAUUCUGGGACAAAGGUGUUUUAAAUCUCAGUUCUCCCCUGAAUCUUUGACUACACACUGCGAAAAGGCUGUUGGUGAGGUGAAUGGACAAUGGGUUGCUGUUAUUGACACUCCGGGCAUGUUUGACACCAGGAACACUGAAGAGAAAACAAUUCAAGACAUUUCCCAGAGCAUUGCCUAUGCUUCUCCUGGACCUCAUAUCUUCCUGGUCGUCAUCAAACUGGGCAGAUUCACAGAGGAAGAAAAGCAAACAGUGCAGAAGAUUCAGGAAAUCUUUGGUGAGGAAGCCAACAAAUACAGCAUGGUUCUCUUUACCCAUGGUGACCAGCUCAAAGGGAAACCUAUCGAGGAGUUCUUGAAGAACAGCAAAGAUCUGCAGGAACUUGUUGCCAAAUGCAACGGCCAGUAUCACGUGUUCAAUAAAGAGAUGGAGGAUCGUUCUCAGGUCAGCAAGCUGCUCGAGAAGAUAAAAAAAAUAAAUGAACAGAAUGGAGGAAGCUACUACACCACUGAAAUGUUCCAAAAUGCAGAGAGAGCGAUUGAAGAGGAGAAACAACAAAUCCUGAAAGAGAGAGAAGAGCAAAACCGCAAAGAGCAGGAGGAACUUCUAAAGAUAAUAGAGGAAAAGUAUGAGCGACAGAUGAGGGAGGAGAAGGCUGACAGAGGCAGGGGGAAAGAGUUGAGGGAAACUCAUGACAGAGAAAAGGAGGAAGAAAUUAAAAAAAAAAAAAAACAACAGGAAGAGCAGGCCAGACGAAAAGCUGAGGAAAGCCCCUCAAUAAUUCAGUGGUUAGUUAACGGUUUUGUAAAAUGUGUUAAAUUUGUUAAGGACUUCAUGACUUUGUGA